AUGAAAAGGGAUAGGAACCAACAUGCAGGUGAAGGGAAAGGGAAGAGAAAAAAGAAUGACCAUGGUGAUAGGGUUGAUGUGGUAGGGCGAAAUGGGUCUAGAAAAGAAGCUGCGCCAGGAGGGGGAAAAAGUGGAACUCAAAAAAGUGGGAAGGACAUGGAAAUGUUUAAUCCGCAACUUAGCGCAAGGGAGUUGAAAAAAAUACAGUACUACGAAAAUAUGUUUAAGAAAAUGGAACGGAAAAGGGAGGAGCAGCAGAAUGAGGGGGAAAAUAAAGGGAAGAGCAAGAAUAGCAACUCCAGGAGAACGAAAGGGGAUACAGAGCUGAGUACCAGGGGGAAGGAGGAAGAAUCCAGUGCAGUGGCACAUGAAGGGGCAGGAGAAGUGGACGGAGAAGCAGUCGUUAGGGAGGAAAAAGGAGACGACACUAAGAAGAGUGGCCUGAAAGGAACUGCCAAGGGUAAUAACCAAAAAGUUGGGAAAAAUGCGAAGGACGCGAAGGAUGCGAAGGAAGCGAAAGAUGCGAAGGAUGCGAAGGAUGCGAAGGAAGCGAAAGAUGUGAAGGAAGCGAAACAGAAGGCAAAGAAAGACAACCCAAAGGCACAUCCAAGAGAGACAUGUGCAUAUACAAUCGACAAGGAGAAGGAAGAUGACUCUCAGUCGAUGGACGGUAACCAACGCGGCAAGAAUAAUAAAUACGGAAAAGUAGAAAAGGCGCAAAUGAGAAUUAAGGAAGAGGAGUUAAGGGUAGACAAAGAUAUUUGUACGAAAAUGAGGGAAGGGAGCCAGAAGGCUGUUACGUUGAAAGGAAAGAAGUGCUUAGAGAAUUCGAAACGCGUUGUGAGUGAUAAUGAGGGAGGAGGAGAAGAUGAUGAGUUGCACAAUGUGGAGAGGAAGAACAACCCCACACGUGGUCAUACGUACAACGAUCAGAGAAGUGCUUCUCCAAAGCAUUAUACAUAUAAGAAGAACGGAAUGGCAAAAGGAGGAAAAGUGGAUAGGUUAAAGGAAGAAAAUAGAGAAAGUAGUGUAAGGCAAAAAAUGGAUGAAGAAAGGGAACAUGAAUCAGACCACGAUGUAAAUUACGAUAAUGAUCCGGAAGAAAUGACAAACUUUAAAGGGAAGAGGAAAAUGUACACAGAAAGGGAAAUGGGAAAAAGGGUUUUAAAGAUUAAGAGGAGCUUCUCGGUUAGGUCAAAUAUAAAUGAAUAUUUUUUCGACACAAGUUCGAUAGAGUUGAUGAGCGAUAAUGACCCCAGUGGGUAUGGAAAGGAAGAACAGAAUUCAGAAAAUGACAAUGAAAAGAAGCCAACCUUUAGUUACAAGAGGAAAAAACUCUUACAGUUGUUAACGCGUACAGAUGGUAAAGACAAUGGCAUUAUUCACCCCUUGGGUGUGACGAAUAAUGCCAGUAGUAGUAAUAACACCGAGGGGGGGAAUUACAACUUGGCCGAUUCGGAAAAAUGGCUAAUAUGGAAAAAUAAGGAAAAGUAUAAAAUUCGUUUCGCUUCGAAUAAUAACAGCAAGAAGAGAAACAAAUGGCACAUAGUACGGAGUUAUCAUAUUUCUCACAGUGAAGCAAAUGAAAAUGUCGACAUGCGUCCAAAUGGUAAAGAAAAUGUGGUUGAUCAGCAAAUGAAUAUGAUUGACGCAUCAAAUGGCACAGACUAUUUUACUAACGGGGUAAAUGUACCCACAAGGAAGAAAUUAUUUUGUGAAAAAAAAUGUCACGGAAAAAUUGCACAAGGUAGUAGCACCACAAAUAUGAUGAUACAUGCUAAUAAAACAUUUGAUGUAAAUUGUUGCAUUAAAAAGUAUCUUGAUAAUAUGCGAUAUACAAAUUUAAAAAAAUUAAAAAAAGUGAACAGAAGCAAUUUAAAGUUGUAUGUGGAGGGGUGUACAAAUUUUUUAAAUUUUGACAAGGUGGAUAGUGCCAUCCUGUCCAUGCGGAAAUUUCAGGAGGCACUCCAGCGGAAGGGUGGAGUAGGAGGUAGUGAAGAGAAAGGCUCAGCGCCUUUGUAA